CCCCCUCGGUCCUCCUCCCCGCUCCUCCCUCCUCCUCCUCCUCCGGUCGGCCGGCCACAUUCCCCGCUACCUUUCACCCCUGAGAAACCCCGAUCUGACGGCGAAGCAGCGCGGACAAACCCCGGGACAACAUGGCUUCAGGUGUGACAGUGAACGAUGAGGUCAUCAGGGUGUUCAACGACAUGAAGGUGAGGAAGUCGUCGACCCAGGACGAGGUGAAGAAGAGGAAGAAGGCGGUGCUGUUCUGCCUGAGCGAGGACCGGAAGAAGAUCAUCGUGGAGGAGGGGAAGCAGAUCCUGGUGGGCGACAUCGGAGAGACCGUCGACGACCCGUACUGCAGCUUCGUCAAGCUCCUCCCCCUCAACGACUGCAGAUACGGCCUCUACGACGCCACCUACGAGACCAAGGAGUCCAAGAAGGAAGACCUGGUCUUCAUCUUCUGGGCUCCAGAUGGCGCUCCGCUGAAGAGCAAGAUGAUCUACGCCAGCUCUAAAGAUGCCAUCAAAAAGAAGUUUACAGGUAUCAAACACGAGUGGCAGGUGAACGGGCUGGACGACAUCCAGGACCGCAGCACGCUGGCUGAGAAGCUGGGCGGGAACGUGGUGGUGUCUCUGGAGGGCAAACCGCUGUGAUGUCACGGCGGCGAGCCGAGCGGAGCCAAGCCAACCGCCGUGCCAUCCGGACCGAAGCACCUGACCCCACCUGAACACCGCCGCUUCACCCAGCAGCUUGCUCUGUCUGUAUCAUGUCCUGAAGGAGUUAGCGUCUUUAGGCCUCUCUGUUUUCUUUUUGUUUUUGUUCUUUUUGCUUUUUUCCAACAUGAAGGAGAUCUCAUUAACAUAAUGAUAUGCAAACCCCGCCCACUCUGUUGCCACAUGACUCUGUUCACCUGGCAGAAACACCACCAACCGACUCACUACAAACCCCAGGAAGGUUGUCUCUCUCACAGCCAGAGUUUUGCCAAAAAGUCGAUGUGAAGGAAGCAGCCUCGGUGUCGGAGGCGAGCUGCGAAGCUCCGCCUCCCGUAGCGCACGGGUCGCACUCAUGACGCUUUUUACAUAUGACUUUAUUUAUUAUUGUAAACUGUUGUUUCUUCUCCAGUAUGUUCCCCGCAGGCAGACACAUUGUUAGACUAUGCAUCGAGACGAGAAGACGAUUAUCAGCCAGCACUUUUUGUUCAAACACUACAGGUUGAGACAGACAAGAUCCCGACGCUCAGUUCUCUGUAUUCACGUCACCGAGCUAACGUUUGUUUACCUCAGUUUUCAUUCCUGUCGGACUCACUGUCAUUCUAGCUGUUUGGUUGUCGCCUUACUUUCAGUUUGAAUGUAACGUCACACCAGAGUUAGUUAGAGUGCACCUUUAUUUUGUAAAGAAACACUACAGCGAGCAGAUUUGACCCCAGCAGUGAGAGAAGACCCCACAACAACAACAACAACAACAACAACUAGAACACGACGACAUCUGGAGCCUUAAAGUGGAACGUUGUUUCUGAGAUCACAGGAAGCCACUUUGCAAUAAAAGCCUGUGGCAGAUCUGA